AUGAAGCCAGCAGUCGUAGUUACAGGCGCCUCAAAGGGAAUCGGUCUCGAAGUCACCCGCAUCCUCCUCCAAAAGUUUAAUGCAAAUGUGAUCGCCAUCUCGCGGACCCGCACACCGGAGUUGAUCCAGCUGGGGUCAGACUCCCUUGUAAUUGUAGAGAGCGACGUCGCAGACGAAAAGGCCUUAUCUAAUGCCAUCUCUCUCGGAGCAUCUCGCUACCACGGAAUCGAUGCCCUCAUUCUCAACGCGGGUACACUUGAUCCCCUGUGUCGAAUAGGCGAUGAUACUCCAUUGGAUUCUUGGAAGCGCCACUUUGAUGUUAACUUCUUCUCUCUUGUGACCGCCGUCAGAGCCGCUUUACCUUAUCUGCGUAAAAGUGUCUUGGGUGGUCGAGUCGUCUUUGUUAGCUCUGGUGCCGCCGUCAAGGGCAUGCCUGGUUGGGGUCCCUACAAUGCUGGCACAUACCCAUUUCAUUCACUGUCGCUACUUGCAUCUGAAAUUCCGCGUGGCUUUAGGACUCUUGCAGAAGAAGAACCCGAUAUCGCAUGUGUCGCUGUACGACCAGGGAUGGUCGAUACCGGUAUGCAAGACACCCUGCGCGCUUUCGGUGGCUCCUACAUGAACGAGAAAGAUCACCAAAUCUUCCUCAAAGUACAUGAGGAUGGUAAGCUCGUAAAACCUCAAGACUGUGGCCACGUUAUUGCAGCGUUGUCUCUGCAGGCCCCCAAGAGUUUGAGUGGACAAUUUGUUAGCUGGGAUUCUGAGGAGUGCAAACCGUUCAGGAAGGAGUAA